UUCUUUGUUCCAGCUGCUGUUCUGCUCUACCAGCCACAUCACCAGGGCAACAUGGCAUUCACAGGCAAAUACGAAUUUGAAGGCGAUGAGAACUAUGAUGACUUUGUGAAGAAAAUUGGUCUCCCCAGUGACAAGAUUGAAAUGGGAAGAAAUUGUAAAAUAGUCACAGAGGUGGUGCAGAAUGGAAAUGACUUCACCUGGACGCAGCAUUUCCCAGGAGGCCGCACCACAACCAACACAUUUACAAUUGGCAAGGAGGCAGAUAUGGAGACAAUGGGUGGUAAGAAGUUCAAGGCAACUGUUAAAAUGGAAGAUGGGAAAAUAAUAGCUGACUUCCCCAACUAUCGUCAUACUUCGGAGAUUUGCGGAGGAAAGCUAGUAGAGGUUUCUACCGCUUCUGGUGCAGUCUACAAAAGGACCAGCAAAAAGAUUGCUUAAGGCACUAAAGCCAGUGUCUCCCAGUGCACCAAAAC